AUGACCGAUCUGAAGAUUAUUUCCUUCUUAGGCUUUUCUUUGAGAGAGUAUGCCGAAUUUCAUAGUGAAAGGAGGAUAUCUCCAACAUUUGAUCUUCUAAAAUGCAAUACACAGCAAGGUCUCAUAUCGCUUGAUUCUUUGAAGGUCCAAAAGAGAAGAGGUGUCCCUUCUCCAAAAAGAGGUUUGGUGGUUCAAAGGCUAAUUCCUGUUGCAUACAGGCCAUUUGAUGCAAGAGUAAACUUGAUUAACAAUCUCAAGAAGCUCUUGAAAGUGGUUCUGCAUCAUGCUUUUGGUGUAAUGAAAUUCAUGUUGGAACUGUUGGGCAUCCUUUCAAGUCUUGUAGAGGAUCAGGCACUUCAAUUCGUAAAGGACUUCAUGAGUGGGGGGAUGCAGCUGUUGAAGACAAUCGCAGCAGUAAUGGAGCUCUUCAUUCAGGCAGGAGUUAACUUGCCCGAAUAUCCUACAAAAAGAAGACGAAAACCAAUCAUUCGCAUUGGAAAAAGUGAAUUUAUCAAUGCAGAUGAACGUGAAUUACCAGAUCCCGACCCAGAUGCUCCAAAGCCAUCAAUAUUAGCUGAAAUACCUGACACUGAAAUUUUACUACCCAGCAAAGAAGAAACAGCAUUUCUUCCGAGGGAACACUUCAAGCAUGGGAAGAAAUGA